UAAAAUAUUAAAAAACAUAAGUGAUAUUUUAUUUGUUCCAAUUUUCAUGAAACAAAACACUUUUUGUAAAUGAGAUUUUAUGCGCACAUGACGAUUUUUAUAAACAGUUAUGACCAUCCAUGUUUUCCUUUAAUUACGUCAUGGCUUAACGCGCGGUAAAUGAAAAUUACAAAAACUGAAUUAAAUUUUCUUCAAAAUUUCUUUUCGUUGGUUUCAAAAUAAUGAAGAAGCAUCAGUCACAAUGUGAUAACAAGGAAAUUAACGGGAGGAUUAAUGUUCUUUGAAUAUACUAUUCACUUAUGCAGUUAUUAACACCUGAAUAUUAUGCUAUAUACUUUCUAAAUUUCUUGGCAUGCGUAUCCUAUUCUAAGGUAGAUACGUAUAAUACAUUUUCAUAUGUCAUGUAAAGGUUAAAGCAUAUGACUGACUAAUGUAAAAUUGAAUCAAAUAUGUUGGUAGUUGCAACUGUAUUGAUGAACAAAGACUCCUAUGUUUUAUUAGAUUAACAUUAUAAAUCAAAUGUACAUAUGUAAAUUGUUUAUUUCUAAGAGUAAGCAUAUAUCUUUGGCGAUUAAUAACACGCGCAUGUUUAAGCAAUCAGUACGUAAUAAAUUAUGACCUUUUCUUUAGGACAUUUUCCAUAAUGACUUCUUUACUCUCUAAGAAAUUUCUUAAUCAGAAUUAUUUUCCAAAUCUAUUGUCGCGACUUCAACCUUUGGUUUUUAUACAAAAUAGUGGAUAUGUUGCUGAUAUUAUCCAAAUGAAAGAUGGGCCAAUUGUUAGGCUGAAUAAUAAAAUUGUAAGAGGAGAGUUAAUGAAAGAUGAACAUCAAACCAAAGUUGUUAAAACAUUGCAAAACAUUUAUGAAGAAAUAAAUGGAUAUAAACCAGAAGAAUUUAGUGUCUUGGAUAAGUGGCUUGGAAGAAAAAGAAAGCAACCACCGAAAGGAUUAUAUCUCUAUGGAGCAGUAGGAGGAGGUAAAACAAUGUUGAUGGAUCUUUUCUAUGAAUGUUGUCAGAUCGAGAAGAAGAGAAGAGUUCAUUUUCAUGCCUUUAUGGCUGAUGUACAUAAUAAAGUACAUGAGGUGAAGAAAAGUAUUGUAAGAGAUGUUGACAGUACAAAGCUACAACCAUUUGAUCCAAUACCACCAGUUGCCAAAACUAUUACUGACGAAGCUUGGUUACUUUGUUUCGAUGAAUUUCAGGUAACUGAUAUUGCAGAUGCGAUGAUAUUAAAACGGUUGUUUACUGAACUCUUUGAUCAUGGUGUAAUAGUAAUUGCAACCAGUAAUAGAGCACCUGAUGAUUUAUAUAAAAAUGGAUUGCAGAGAGGAAAUUUUAUUCCAUUUAUACAAGUAUUAAAAAAUUAUUGCAUUGUACAUUCUUUGGAUUCGGGUAUAGACUACAGGUUGAAAAAUGGACUUAGCGACGAAAAGAUCUAUUUUAUUAAAGGAGAGGAUGCUGUAAGCGAUGUAGAUAAAGUAUUUAAAUACUUAUGUUCAAAGGAAAAUGAUAUUGUAAGAUCACGUACUCUUUCCAUAAGAGGACGUAAUGUUACUUUUGAAAGAACUUGUGGUCAAGUGCUAGAUUCAACUUUCGAAGAGUUAUGUGACAGACCACUUGGAGCCAGUGACUAUUUAAAAUUAAGUCAAAUAUUUCACACGAUUAUUAUAAGAGAUGUACCACAAUUAGAUUUUCGAUUUAAAUCUCAAACAAGGAGAUUUAUUACAUUAAUUGAUACAUUGUAUGAUAACAAGGUAAGGGUUGUUAUAUCUGCUGCUGUACCACAUACACAGCUUUUUAUACCAGAAGGUGACAGCGAAUAUACGGAUGAAAAACGAAUGCUAAUGGAUGAUCUCAAAAUAUCGCAUGGUUCAGAUGAUUACAAAUCCAAUCUUUUUACCGGAGAAGAAGAACUUUUUGCUUUCGAUCGAACGGUAUCACGACUUUCCGAAAUGCAAACCGCACAAUACUGGGAACAGUGGCAACAUUAUAGAUAAUGUUAAUUGAAAUUAAGAGAGAAAUUUUAGUAGUUCAUGUUGGUAAUUUAUUCAUGUAAAUUAGUAAAUGAUAAAUUCUUAACAAUAGGUUUUGUGGGAAGAAACCAUCUUAAUAUGGAGACGUUAUCAGAUUCUUUUAUCAAAAAAAUAUUUAUAUUUUUCUCAUUAUUGAUUUAUUUAUUUUAUAUUUAAUUAUAUUCACUGUACAGUAAUAAAGAAUUCUUGUUAUUGAAUUCUGCUUAAAAAGCUAAAAUUUACUAGGUAACUAUAGUCAUAAAGACGUUAACGAGCAUGAAGGUAAUAAAAUUCAUUUCAGCACGCA